UCUUUUUUUUUUUUUUCCCGGAGCUGGGGUCCGGAGCUGGGGUCCGAACCCAGGGCCUUGCGCUUGCUAGGCAAACGUUUGCUCUACCACUGAGCUAAAUCCCCAACCCCAACACAGUUUUUUCUUUAUGGUUCUUCUAGUAUCAGAUUUAGAGCCUUGUACUAGGCCAGUAUUCCAUUACUAAGCUGUAUCUCCAAUAAGGCUCUUUUUCUUCCUUUCUUUUCUUUUCUUUUCUUUCUUUUCUUUUUUUUUUUUUUUUUUUAAAUAAGAUAAGGUCUCAUUGUGUAGUCUAAGCUGGUUUUAACUUGUGACCCUCUUCCCCUGCCUCUUUCUCUACUGGAUUAUAAUGAUAUGUUGCAAAGCACCUGACCUCCCCCCACCACCCCCUUUAUUUUUUUUUUAAGACAGGGUCUUACUGUGCAGCUCUAGUUGUCCUGUAACAUUCUAUGUAGACAAGGCUUGCCUAAAACUCAAAGAGAUCUGCCUGUGUUUGCCUUCCAAGAGCUGAACCUUUUUAAAAGCGAAGGUUAUUAACACUGAGUGCCUCCUUCAUAAAGAUGCUGUAAUAAUUUUAAAGGCAACAAUAUUUCAUCAUAGAGCUUGGAAAAUAACUUUGAAAGGUUUAUAUCAUCUGCCCAGUGCUGUGCAUUUAGAAGUAUUGGGACAGGAAUUCUAACAGGCCUCAACUCGCCUUACAUACUCAGCUAAACUCUUUGAAAGGAAUUGGGUUAUUUAGUACAAUUAUACAACUUGUAUAAUUACCAAGUAUUAGUAUAAACGUGCAUAGAUAUUUUCCCAUGGGUCUGAAUACUUUAAUGUACAUGCACAAUGAGUUGAAACCCUGUGCUGACAGAGUGAUGUUUGAACCAGAGGCUUCUGAUAGGGAUAAUGAUACUGAUAAGCAAAAUUAAGGUUAAAACACAGGGCCUGCAAAAAUCUACCAAGGCAGGCAAGGCCUGUGAUACUCUGAUCAGAGAAGUCAGAGACCAAGGACAGAGGCUUUAAAGUUACAGGACAUAAGACCCUUCACCCCCUCUUCAACCCCUUCAGCUGCCAUCUUUGCCACUUGUGGCAAUAUACUCUGUACAUUUCUCUUUAUGAAAGCCACCUCCUCUUGCUCCUCCUCAGCCUAUGGCAUAAGGCACUCUUCAGCUUGCUGUGAUUCCUCCUCAUCUUUUGGCUUUUCCUGCUCUCUGGCUCCUCAUGUUGUGUUUGUGCUUCAUAAUUUGGCUUUUCUUGUUUGCCCGAUUUUGCUUCACCCCCCAGGCUCAGCUUUGUCUUCGGCCUUCUUUCUUCUAUGUAAUUUUCUAUGUCAGCCCCCACCCCCAUGCUGCUUUCUUUUCAGAUACACAUAGGUUUUCGAAGAGCUGGGUCCUUGGUUCAACGUAAACACCCUCUAGCCACUAGCCUGUCACUAACAUGCUCAAAAAAAUGUAAUACAAUAGGAUAAAGUUACUGGAAGGUCAUACCUUGCCACAGUUAUUUUUGUAAAAAAAAAAAAAAAAAGUCUUUUUAUAGCUAGUUCCUUGCAGUGUAAAGCAGAUACUCAGGGAGCAGACAGAUAAGACAGAGUUCUUAGAAUGAGUUGUCAGAUAUAUGGAAAAUUGUAAAGUGUGAAAAUAAUUGUCAAAAGGAAAUUUUAGUUCAGUUAUUCUUUGUCACUAGGUAACACCUUUGGAAAAAGGAUUAGUGCCCUAUUUAGAGGUCUAAGGGUGCCAUUGCCCUCUAAAACAAAAUGUACUAAGGCCGUGCCAUCCCUGAACCAGAACCUUAAGCUCUCAAGGAUGUAACUUUUCCUUCUUUACUUUUUUUUUUUUUUUUUUUUUUUUUUUUUUUUUUGAGAAUAGGGUCAUUGCAGAGAUAAAUAGGAUGUGGUCAUUCUCAAAUACAGGGGCACAAAUCUGAUAUAGGCAUCCCUAAUCAGAAAAUGGAGUAAUGUAUCUGUAACCAGGAGACAAAAGGGUUGCCUGCAAACAUGUGAAGCUAGGCGAAGCAGGGUGCAUUUUCCAUGAAGCUUUCAGAGGGAGGACAGCUCUGGUGAACAACUUCAGACUUCUGGCUCCAAACUAUGAAAGCACUUCUGUCAUUUUAAGCCACCCUGUUGGUAGUUGUUUUGGGAAUGUUUUAGGGAUAAAAUUACAUCAUUUCUUCUUUCCUUUUCCUCCCUCUAAACCUUUUCAUAGAUCUUUUAAGUUGUCUUUAUUAACUGUUAAGUAUAUAAAUGUAUGUGUAUACAUAUGUAUUCUCAAGUACAUUAGUACAACCCUAUCCAUCUGUAUGUUUUCAGGGCUGACCAUUUGGUAGUGUGUAAGCAAUUGGUAUGAUCUCUGGGGAAGACUUUUCUCCCAUUCCUAGCUUCAGCAUUUCUUAAGUAGCUGUGGUUCUUUGUGUAGGAUUGGAUUCUCUUUUCACAAGGGAUGGAUAUAACUCUGGAUGUUUGAAUUAAAUUUAAAUGCUGGUAGAAUUUUUUUUUCUUUAGCAUUAUUAGAACCAAACCAAACAGCUGUUGACUGGACAAGACAGGCCAUCGACUUAAAUUCCCUCCCAUGACCAUGUGUGGAAAAGAGCAUACAAGCUAUAUCUUUUAAGCAGUGUAUACAUACAGUAUGUACUGAUGGGUUAAUAUGACAAUGAAACUGCUGUUACAAAUUGCCAUAAAGUGCUGGCUCAUAGGCUACAGAAACACUUAAUUUUUACAGUUCUUGUGACUGGGAGGUACAAGAUGAAUACAGCUGCUGAGGGCGCACCUAUUUCUGGCUCAAGGCUGGCAUGGCCUUGGUAUGAUGCUGAGAAGGGUGGAGGCACUCAGACCUCUGAUUAGGGCAUUUAUCUCUUUCCCAAGGGUGUUGCCAUCUCGUGACCCAGGAAGUUCCUAAAAGCUCCACCUCUUAACAUAGGAAUGUGCUGAUGAACACCAUUCAGAUGACAAAACUCUGUGUGAGGAAGGAUUUUUAUCUGUAAAUGUUCCAGAACCUGGGACGGUGCCCCUAAAAAGUCAGGCAAAGACAUGAAGGCCAGGCGGAGACUGGUCAACUCUUUUUCGAGUGCCAAGAGAAAUUACUGUGAGGCCUAGCCGUCGUGUUUACAGCGAGGCAGGCACUGCUUCUUUUGUUCCCGGAGGUCUGGGCCUGGGCGCAGACAGGGUCCGUUGGCGGCUGGAGGUGGCCAUGAAACCUAGAGUCUGCGGGUAACUAAGGGCUACCCUCGGCUCCCGGAUGUGGCUUCACGCCACCGUCCGCGUCCUUCCGUGUGGGCGGGACUCAGCUCCCGGAUCUGGUGGUUGUGUACGUGGAAGGGCGCGCGCAUGCGCGGCGGAGCCCGGCUCAGCUGUGCCGGAGGCUCCGAACGCCGGGCGGCCGCGGGAGGCGGUGGGCCGGGGCCACCGCUGAGGCCGCCGGUGCCGGCCGGACCCGGCGCUGAGGAGGGGCCAUGAGCUGGUUCAAUGCCUCGCAGUUGUCCAGCUUCGCCAAGCAGGCCCUGUCCCAGGCCCAGAAGUCCAUCGACAGGGUCCUGGACAUCCAGGAGGAAGAGCCGAGCGCCUGGGCCGAGGCCAUCCCGUACGGUGAGCCAGGAAUAAGUCCCUCUGUGAGUGGAGGAUGGGAUACUUCAACCUGGGGAUUGAACUCAAGCUCUGAACCUCAGAGUUCACCAACAGCCUCUCAAGCAAUUACAAAGCCAGUUCGGAGGACUGUAGUAGAUGAAUCUGAAAAUUUCUUCAGUGCCUUUCUCUCUCCAUCGGAUGUGCAGACCAUUCAGAAGAGUCCAGUGGUCUCAAAGCCUCCUGCUAAAUCACAGCGACCAGAAGAAGAAGUGAAAAGCAGUUUACAAGAACCAUCGUCUCCUGGCCAGUCCAGAACCUCUGAGACAGCGGAGUCUGAAGCGACAGACUCUGCCUGUGUUUCGGGAGAGACUCCAGCCGUGGGCACUCCCUCACCUGUCCCUGAAGGCAAGCGUGAAGAAACUGCUAGUGAAGAGUCUGAGGGGAAGGUGCCCACCGUGAGAGCGAAGGCGUCUGAAAGCGUAGUUAAGGUAAACACAGCAGAAGAUGUAUCUCCCACAUCCACUCAGUCUCUUACGACCGAAACGAAGGAUAUGGCUUUGGAGCCUAAAGAACAAAAACACGAAGACAGACAAAGCAACACACCUUCUCCUCCUGUUAGCUCCUUCUCGUCAGGCACUUCCACCACCAGUGACAUUGAAGUUUUAGAUCAUGAAAGUGUAAUAAGUGAGAGCUCAGCUAGUUCAAGGCAAGAGACUUCAGAUGCAAAGUCAAGUCUUCACCUCAUGCAGACCUCAUUUCAGCUUCUCUCUGCAUCUGCUUGUCCUGAGUAUGGCCGCUUAGAUGACUUCCAAAAGCUCAGUGAGAGUUGCUGCUCUUCGGAUGCUUUUGAGAGAAUAGACUCGUUUAGCGUGCAGUCUCUGGAUAGCCGGAGUGUGAGUGAAAUCAACUCGGACGACGAACUGCCGGGUAGAGGCUAUGCUUUAGUACCUAUAGUCGUGAGUCCUUCAGCCCCGAAGACAAAAGUAGUAGAAUCUACUGAGGAAAACGUUGAAGAAGAGGAAGGAAACGAGACAUUAAUUGCACCUUCUGAGGAAGCAGAAUUAGAGGAAAGUGGCCGAAGUGCUACUCCAGUUAACUGUGACCAGCCAGAUACAUUGGCUUCUCCUACACCAGUAAAUGUUGGGCCCUCUGCCUCUGGACCGGCCGCUGAGGAUGGUGAAGCUGCUGAAAACCACCCAAAAGCACCACAGCUGGAGCAAGAAGAUGUUGGCAAGACAGUUGAAUUUCUGAAUGAGAAGCUAGAAAAGAGGGAGACUCAAUUAUUGUCACUUAGUAAGGAAAAGGCACUUCUAGAGGAAGCUUAUGAUAACCUGAAGGAUGAAAUGUUCAGAGUAAAAGAAGAAAGUAGUAGCAUUUCUUCCCUGAAAGAUGAGUUUACCCAGAGGAUCGCAGAAGCAGAAAGGAAAGCUCAACUCGCCUGCAAAGAGAGAGACACUGCGAAGAAGGAAAUGAAAACCAUGAAGGAAGAACUUGCCUCUAGAUUAAAUAGUAGUCAGACUGCAGACCUUCUGAAGGAAAAGGAUGAACAGAUUCAAGGCUUAAUGGAAGAAGGAGAAAAACUUUCGAAGCAGCAGCUGCAUAAUUCCAACAUGAUUAAGAAAUUAAGAGCUAAGGAUAAAGACAAUGAAAGUGUUAUUGCAAAGCUGAAGAAAAAAGCUAAGGAGCUGGAAGAGGAGCUACAGCAUUUAAGACAGGUCCUUGAUGGCAAAGAAGAGGUUGAGAAACAACAUAGAGAAAACAUUAAAAAACUAAAUUCUGUAGUAGAACGCCAGGAAAAAGAUCUUGGCCGACUUCAGGUAGACAUGAAUGAACUUGAAGAAAAGAGCCGAAGUACUCAGGCUGCCCUAGACAGUGCCUACAGAGAACUUACUGAUCUUCACAAAGCCAACGCUGCUAAGGACAGUGAGGUACAAGAAGCUGCUCUGAGGCGUGAGAUGAAAGCUAAAGAAGAACUUUCUGGGGCACUGGAGAAGGCCCAGGAAGAAGCCCGUCAGCAGCAAGAGACUUUAGCACUUCAGGUUGGGGACCUUAGGCUAGCGCUGCAACGGGCAGAGCAAGCAGCUGCCAGGAAAGAGGAUUACUUACGCCAUGAGAUCAGUGAACUUCAGCAGAGACUCCAAGAAGCAGAGAAUCGAAACCAGGAGCUGAGUCAAAGUGUUUCAUCAACAACAAGACCUUUGCUUCGACAGAUAGAAAAUUUACAAGCAACUCUAGGAUCCCAGACAUCGUCAUGGGAGAUGCUAGAGAAGAAUCUUUCUGAUCGGCUCGAUCUGGCAACUGAACGCAGGGCCUUGCGCUUGCUAGGUGAAUCACAGACCUUGUUGGCUGCAGCAGUUGAAAGAGAACGUGCAGCUACGGAAGAACUCCUAGCCAACAAAAUCCAGAUGUCUUCAGUGGAGUCGCAGAAUGCAUUACUACGACAGGAAAACAGUAGACUGCAGGCCCAGCUAGAGUCAGAGAAAAAUAAAUUAAGAAAACUAGAGGAUGAAAAUAGCCGGUACCAGGUUGAAUUAGAAAAUCUAAAAGAUGAAUAUGUAAGAACACUUGAAGAGGCAAGGAAAGAAAAGACACUUUUGAGCAGUCAGUUAGAAAUGGAAAGAAUGAAAGUUGAACAAGAAAGGAAGAAAACCAUUUUCACUCAAGAAACACUAAAAGAAAAGGAGCACAAGCCGUUUUCCGUUUCUAGUACUCCCACCAUGUCACGAUCCAGUUCUCUAAGUGGAGUAGAUAUGGCAGGGCUGCAGACAUCCUUCCUAUCUCAGGAUGAGUCUCACGACCAUUCAUUUGGGCCAAUGUCUACGUCAGCCAGUGGAAGCAAUCUUUAUGAAGCUGUAAGGAUGGGAGCCGGAUCAAGCAUUAUCGAAAAUCUUCAGUCUCAGCUAAAGCUGAGGGAAGGAGAAAUUAGUCAUUUACAGCUAGAAAUUAGUAACCUAGAAAAAACUCGAUCCAUAAUGUCCGAAGAGCUAGUUAAAUUAACAAAUCAGAAUGAUGAACUUGAGGAGAAAGUGAAAGAGAUACCCAAGCUUCGAGUUCAGCUGCGAGAUUUGGAUCAAAGAUACAACACUAUUCUGCAGAUGUAUGGAGAAAAAGCAGAAGAAGCAGAGGAACUUCGCCUGGAUCUUGAAGAUGUAAAAAAUAUGUAUAAAACUCAAAUAGAUGAACUUCUAAGACAAAGACUCAGCUAACUUGUGAAGUUUGUGUUCCAUCACACUAAUGUAAACACUUAUAUAUAAAUGCAGACGUACAAUAAAUUCUUCUACAGAAUUAGAAACUUGGAUUUGCUGUAGAUUGUAAAAAAAACUUUUUAAAAAUUCUUUUAUAGUACAUAGUGAUAUUUGCAGUUAAAUUAUUUUAUGUAAUAUUUGAAUUUUAUUUUUGAAAUUGUUCUUUAAAAUUUUAUUUUUUAAAGCUUUUUUUUUCUUUUUGGUGCCUUGAACAGCACAGAGAUUUAUUACUUUAUCCACUUAUCAGUACAGCUAGGAAAGGAGAUUGGUGUUUCGUAUUAUUGUGGAUACAUAAUUAAUUGUAUUAUAUCUAAUUUGUAUGUGUUUGUACAUAUUGAGAGAUUUACAGAGUAAUGUUAACAUGGAAAUUUUGAAAUCUUUCACAUUGAAAUCUUCAACAUAUUUCUUAAAAAUGUUUUAAACAUUUGAGUAAAAAGAUUAUUAAGCCUAUGACUACUAAAUUAUAAACUAAGGUUUUCCUUUAAAAGCAGAAGUCACACUGACAUGUCUAAAAUUUAAAGAGUAAUUUAAACUUAAAAAAUAUCUCUGUUUUGAAAAUUUAUUCCAUGUAUCUUCCACAAUGAAGUAUGAACAAAUGUGAAUGCAUUUUGUUACUUAUCCAAAGAAAGCUAUAAACAUUGACUAGGCUUAAUUGGGUAGUAGGAAAUGUUGCUUAUAAUAAAUUGUGAUAGAUAGCAUCAGUAGCGGAUAACUUUGAAAUAUUUUACUACACUGUUAAAUGAAUCUAACAUAAUAAAAUCAUUAACAAAAUUUACUUUUAAAAUUAGUCAAUUUACUCUUUAAAAAUUACUUGUCUAGUUUUGUACAAUAUUUUCAAACAUUAAAAAUGAAUGUUUUAAAACAAUCUGCAUAGCGAAACAUAAAAGUAAUAGGAGUCCACUUAAAUUGGGGAUUUUGUAAUUUUGUGUAGUUUAACAUUUUUUCCUUGAACCUUUAACAAAUGAAAAAAUAGCAAAGAGUAGUAUAGAAUAACAUUCUUUAGAAUAUAGGUUUUCCCUCUUCCAAAUGUUACUUUGUUUAAAAGUUAAUCAGGUUGUGUUAUAAACCUGUAAAAUAUUUUGAUAGGUUUUAUUACUUAAAAAUUAUUUAAUUGCUUUUAUCACAGUCCCUCUUUAUCUGUUUUUUGGCUUUUUGUGGUUCCAGCCAAGGUAAAAAAUAAUCCAAAAAUACAUGGAAAUUCCAGAAAGAGCUGAUAAAUGUCGAGGUGUAUGCUGCUCAGAGCAGCCUGCUGGCGUCUCACUUCUGACUCCGUUGUCCGUCCAUCCCCAGCCCUUAUCAGUCACUGUGCCACCUCAGCUAUUGGUCUAUUGUAAUACGGUGGAUGCACUCCUGUUCAGGUACUGGCUCCAAGUGAAGAAGCCAGAGGUUAGCCAGAAUAGCUUCCUCUACUGGGAUGAUGAACGUCAACAUUGGCAAUUUUGCUGGAAGUUGGGUAGCUUUUAAUGUUUCAGACAUCCACCUAGGGUCAAAACUGUCUAACCCCCUAUGAGAAGAUAGGACUUCAAGUAAAAACUUAAUUUUAGUUACGUUUUAAACUAUGCUCCAGAACACAGCUGUGAGUAUCCAUCUUGCAGAAUGGAGAAUUUUUAGGGAAUAUUCAAGUGACCUUGUGUUUAUCUCGUGUUCCUGUGUUUCUGUUGUGGGAGUUCAGAUCUGUAGCGUGAAUAAAUGUUCUUUUGGUGAAAGUAACAGUCAUAAAAUUAAGUUUCCGUAUUUUAGUGGUAGAAAGAAGCCUCAUAACUUUUUCAUAGCUUUAAAUUGUUUUAAUAUUCAGGGGCAAGAUGAUAAAUCUAAUAGCAAUAAAUAUAUAGAGUUAGAAGAGACAGGAAACCUGAAUUUCAAAAUUCUUGGCAAGCAUUUGAAACUGGUAGUUUGGGAAAUAUAAAAUACUUUUUAAACAAAUAAUUUGGGAAAUGUGGUGGAGAAAAGAUUUUGAAAUUAAAAUUUCCUGUAUUAAAUUCUAAAUGUUAUAAUAUUAACAUUAAAUUUUUUCUUGGUCCUUAAUAACAUUAAUAAAAUCAGCACACUUAAAAUCUUAAAAUGUUUUCAACUUAUUUAUUCAUAAAAUGACAUGCAACCAUUUAUAUUUGCUUCACCUCUAAAGUAAUAGCUGAUGUUCACACUGCUUUUAUUUUGGCUAGAAUAUACUUAGACCUUUCAAUACACUUCAAGUUGAUAAGGGGCACUGAAUAAAUUUCUUGUAAAUAACCCAGUAAGUGGCAAAAGACUUAUUAAACAUUGGUUCUUUAAUUAAUUUUCUUUGUUAUAUAUUAUUGAAAAUAAUCUACCUAUAUGCUAGUAAAUAUUCUAAUACAUAAAAUAGUUUGUAAUUAGAUGCUUCCAUUCUUGGGGGAAGAAAAAAGAAAAACCCCAGGUACUUGGAGUUAAGUGGGCCAGAUGUUUGGAGGUGUCAUACCCUUGUGCCUCCCUGGGAGGCCGAGAGGAGACUGCUGCUGCUGGGCCUCUCUUGAGAACACUCUAUAGCAUUUAGCAUGUGGAAUGUACCAAAUCCACGACAUUACAAUUCAAAAUAGUCUAAGUGUGGAUGAUUUCUGACUUAGAAGAUUUUGGGUUUUUGUAGUUAAGUAAAUGUAAAAAAUAUUUAGGAAGUAUUUUUCCCAUCAAUUAUUUCACUAAUUGAAAGUUUGAUUUGGCUUAUUAAAAAGCACAUGAUUUUGGUCUAGAGAGCGCUUGCUGAUCUUCCGGAAGGCCUGGGCUCAAUUCCCAGCACCCAUGUGGUGGCUUACAACCAUCUCUAUCUCCAAUCCCAAGGGAUCCAGCACCCUCUUCCUGUGUCCUCAGACACCAGGCACACAGUAGUGCACAGGCAUAGAUGCAGACCAAACACCCAUCCACAUAAAGUUAAAAAAAAGUUCUAAAUGCACACAACUUGUAGUAUUUAAAAGAAAGCCCCCAAAUUUUAAGAAGUGGGUUUAACAUGUCUUAUUUUUACUACUGUUUAGUAUUAUAGACAUGAAAGCUCUAGGGAUCGUUUCUCAUUCUCAUUACAAAAAAGCUGGUCCAAGUUUUCUUAUCCUUGGUAGGUUUAAACUAAAAGAAAAAGCUACAUAUUUUGUACAGGGCUAAAAGUAUGAAUUUAGCUAUAGAUUGAUAUUUUAAUUCCAAAUGAAGGUAAUGUAAAAUAAGCAUGGAUCUGAUUUAAAUAAAGAUUUCAAAGUCUGCUCAUAAA